CUUCAAUGGGGAGAGCGCUAUGAAAUUAUCAAAGGAAUUUGUGACGGUUUAAAUCAACUUCACAUAAUGCACAUCGUUCAUUUAGAUCUUAAACCGGAAAACAUAUUGCUAGAUAAUAAUAUGGUGCCGAAAAUCGCUGAUUUUUGUCUAUCGAGGAACUUGGAUGAAAAGCAGAGUCGUUUUACUACUAAAAAUGUGUAUGGAACUGUGGGUUAUUUGGCGCCAGAAUUCAUACGUGGUGGAGAUAUCACAUACAAGUCAGACAUGUACAGUCUUGGCAUUAUAAUCACAGAGAUAACAACAGGAAAGAAGAGCGAUCCUGAUAUUGAAAAUGUACUUGAGAGUUGGAGAAACAGAUUGGAGAAAUCAAAGGCAGACACACAACUGCUACAAGUACGAGUAUGCACGGAGAUAGCGUUAGAGUGCACUGAAUCUAACCCGACGAGAAGACCAGAUAUACAGGAUGUAAUUAAUAGGCUGGGUGCAACAAAAAGCAUGGACUACUCUGUUACUGAAAUUGGGGCGAGUAGUAGUUGAUCAGUAGGCAGUAGCACAGGUA